AUGCGCCACCUGCUGUACGUUACGGUACUGCUGUUGGUGCUGCUGCCUCUCUACUGCACCAACGGGCUCGCUGCCACUGGGGGACGCUCGUGUGGCUUCGACGCAGUGAGGAGGAGACGUGGAAAUACUCCCGUGGCUGUGGUGCGUGAAUUGCCAGUAAAGGGUCAGGGUCCAUGGCAAGCAUACACCGCGGCCACAUAUAGCCCUUGGGCUCCGAUCCGCAUCCUUGUCUCGACCAUUGAUCUGGAAGACGAUAGUCGACAUUGCACGGCGUUUGGACAGUUGCGGCCAGACUUUGAAUUCGGGCAAAAGGUUUGUCUCGCCGACCAUGUCCUCACGAACGAGAAGAGGAACGCCUUGAUUAACCAUAUUAUUCCGGGAGCCGUGAAACUCCACCAGGAUCGCCUUCUCGUGAAGCCGUUAAAACAUGCUUUUCAGGUUCCAAACUUCUCUUUGGGGCACCCAUGUUCCGCCUUCAGUAUUCCAAAAGACCACUACAACCCAGGUAUAUCCGGAUACGACACGGUGAUGUACGCAGCCGCCGGUCCGUCACACCUAGAUGGAAAUGUUGCUUGGGCAAUUCUGUGCGCAACUCUGGCCAAUAGCCGUCCGGUGACAGGAGUCAUGCAUUUAGCCCCGGAAAGUAUUACCAAUACCUCGCAAAUGGUACGUGUUGUCGCUCACGAGAUGGCGCACAUCCUUGGUUUCGACAGAGAAGUGUUCUCUGCUAAUAAAAUGAUUACUCUGGUGCAUGAUGUUCGAGGAAAGAGUAACGUUCAUAUGUUAACAUCAGAAAAGGUUAUGGAAAAGGCUCGGGAGCACUACAACUGCAGCAGUUUGGAUGGUAUUGAGAUGGAGAAAGGCGAAUGGCAAACAUCGCUAUCACACUGGGAGCGGCGCAGCGCAAAAGACGAGCUGAUGACUGGCAUUACGGGUAUUGGUUACUACACGGCACUGACCAUGGCAGCGUUUGAGGGCACAAAUCACUAUAAAGCAAAUUGGGGUAUGGAAGAAACAAUGAGUUGGGGCAAGAACGCUGGUUGCAGUUUCCAUACGGAGAAGUGCAUUGAAAGAGGUACUACUAAAUUCCCCGAUUUCUUUUGUACUGCCCCUUCCAAAACGCCUGUGUGCACCUCUGACAGACGUGCGUUGGGGGAAUGUGUACUCUUCAAGUACAACUUCCACCUUAGAUACCAGUACUUCGAAGACAAACGUGUGGGUGGACGUCUUGGAGAUAUGACGGAUUUGUGUCCGAUUAUUUCACCAAUUGUGGAUGGUGACUGUAAUAUUGAUAUUGCAAAUGCUUUUCCUGGGAGUCGCACUGGUCCGUCGUCCUGGUGUCUGAAGGGAGAAUCACUGGUGCUGAAUGGGAAGAUGGUUGGGGAUGUGUGUGCGGAGGUACAGUGUGAUGGCAAGAGUGUCCAAGUGCGGUACUAUGGCGAUGACAAGUGGUACCCGUGUCCAGAGGGUAAGGUGCUUAAACCGAAUAAUACCUUCACAAGCGGCAGCAUUGUGUGUCCAAAGUACAGGGAAGUGUGUACUAUUGCCGCAGACGGAAGCAGCCGCAUUGUCAAGAAGAUCAUCCCAGAAGCAAGACAUUCCAGUGAUACAGAGAGCAGUAUGGGUCCUACAGCGAAUCUGGUGUCAGGAAACCGUGGAAACGAGGGGAACAUGACUGACAAAAAAAAACAAGGUGGGUUUAUUGAGAAAUUACUUGCGGCCCUCAGUACCCCUUUUUUGUUUCUACUUGCUCUCUUCUCGAACAUUUCA